AUGGUCAUCACGUCUAUCAUUGAGGCUAGUGUCGCUGUCGGUCGUCUUACCUCCUACCUCAUCGCUGAGGAGAUUCAGCCUGAUGCUAUCAUCGUCAAGCCUCCUCCCGAGGAGCUUGGAGAAGAGACGGUUGUCAUCCGUGACGGUACUUUCUCCUGGAACCGCCACGAGAAUAAGACUGUUCUUACCGAUAUUAACUUCCGCGCACACAAGGGUGAGUUGUCCUGCAUCGUGGGCCGUGUCGGUGCAGGCAAGAGUUCUUUCUUGCAGAGCAUCCUGGGCGAUCUGUGGAAGAUCAAGGGUGAAGUCGAGGUUCACGGAAAUGUUGCGUAUGUUGCCCAGAACCCUUGGAUUAUGAAUGCUACGGUCCGGGAAAACAUUGUCUUCGGUUACAGGUUCGACGCCGAGUUUUACGACAAGACGGUUAAGGCCUGCGCUCUCAUUGACGACUUUGCUCAGCUUCCUGACGGAGACGAGACGGUUGUUGGAGAACGUGGUAUCUCUCUCAGUGGUGGCCAGAAGGCUCGCGUGGCUUUGGCCAGAGCCGUCUACGCUAGGGCUGACAUCUACUUGCUGGAUGAUUGUCUUUCGGCUGUUGACUCCCACGUUGGACGUCACAUCAUCAACAAUGUCCUCGGUCCCAAGGGUCUUCUUGCCUCCAAGACCAGAGUUUUGGCCACCAACUCCAUCCCUGUCCUGGUUCAGUCCGAUUACAUCUGCUUGCUUAGCGACGGCGAGAUUGUCGAGAAGGGAACUUACCGUCAGCUCAUGGCCAUGAAGGGCCUUGUUUCCGAAGUUAUCAAGUCUGCCGGUCAAAACGAUUCUGGUUCCAGCUCACCGAGUGGUUCCUCCCCUGGUGGCAGCGACAGCGAGACCUCCACGGUGAUCGAGGCAGAAUCUAGCCAGGAGAAGGACGAAAUGGAAGCAGAGCAAGAAGGUCUCACCACACUUCAGGCCAUUAAACCUGGUCCCGGAAGUUCGUCGGCUGCUGGAAAGAGGAGAACCGGAAGCAUGGGUACUCUGCGUCGUGCCAGUACUGCAAGCUUCAGGGGUCCCAGAGGCAAGCUCGGCGACGAGGAAGCUCCGCAGAGCAAGACAAAGCAGGCUAAAGAACACUCCGAGCAAGGCAAGGUCAAGUGGUCAGUCUACGGCGAAUACGCCAAGACAAGCAACCUUGGCGCUGUUGCAUUCUACCUAUUUACUCUCGUUGCUGCCCAAACCGCCUCGAUUGUACCUCUGGUCUGCGCGGACCGCUCCGGCUCAUCCUUGUCUUGUUGCGCCUGCUCGGUCCAAACUCUCUUUGUAUUCCCUCGUCGUUCUCUUGACAAGUGUAGGUCUAACACAACAUUUCGUAUAGCUGGUGGCAUUUGGUUGAAGAGCUGGUCCGACAAGAACACUAAAGCCGGCGGCAACCCCCAAGUCGGCAAGUACCUCGGUAUCUACUUCCUGUUCGGUGUCGGCGCGGCAGGUCUUACUGUUCUGCAAACUCUUGUUCUCUGGAUCUUCUGCUCCAUCGAGGCAUCCCGAAAGCUGCAUGAGAGAAUGGCAACAGCUAUCUUCAGGUCACCGAUGUCCUUUUUCGAUGUCACACCAGCCGGCCGAAUUCUGAACCGAUUUUCCAGUGACAUCUACCGUGUGGACGAGGUACUCGCCCGGACGUUCAACAUGCUGUUCAACAAUCUCGCCAAAUCUGGGUUCACGCUUGUCCUCAUUUCCGUUGCCACGCCGCUCUUCGCUAGUCUGAUCAUACCUCUAGGUGCCAUGUACAUCUUCAUCCAGAGAUACUACUUGCGCACAUCCCGAGAGCUGAAGAGACUGGACAGUGUGAGCCGCAGUCCGAUCUAUGCUCACUUCCAAGAAUCCCUUGGCGGCAUCUCGACCAUUCGGGCAUACCGUCAACAGGAUAGAUUCGAGCUCGAGAACGAGUGGCGGGUGGAUGCGAAUCUGCGCGCAUACUUCCCCUCCAUCAGCGCUAACCGUUGGUUAGCUGUUCGAUUGGAGUUUAUCGGUGGCAUCGUUAUUCUCGCAGCUGCUGGUUUAUCUGUCAUUGCCGUCAGCAACGGUGCCAAGCUCAGCGCAGGAUGGGUGGGCCUUGCCAUGUCUUACGCCUUCACGAUUACCACCUCACUCAACUGGAUUGUCCGCCAAACUGUCGAGGUGGAGACUAACAUUGUCUCGGUCGAGCGUGUUCUCGAGUAUGCUCGUCUUCCCAGCGAAGCCCCGGAGAUUGUUCACCGCAACAGGCCGCCUGCAAGCUGGCCCGCUCGUGGCGAGGUUGAGUUCAACAACUACAGCGCGCGUUAUCGUGAGGGCCUUGACCUGGUCCUCAAAAACAUCAAGCUUGAUAUCAAGUCGCACGAGAAGAUCGGCGUUGUUGGGCGGACGGGUGCUGGCAAGUCUUCGUUGACUUUGGCCUUGUUCCGUAUCAUUGAGGCCGACUCGGGCAACAUUACCAUUGACGGAAUCAACACAUCGAGCAUUGGUUUGCUGGAUCUGCGCCGUCGCCUGGCCAUCAUUCCACAAGAUGCGGCUCUGUUUGAAGGCACGAUUCGGGACAACCUUGACCCCGGUCAUGUCCAUGAUGACACGGAACUCUGGAGCGUAUUGGAACAUGCUCGGCUAAAGGAUCAUGUCGCCUCUAUGGAAGGUGGACUCGAGGCCAAGAUCAAUGAAGGAGGAUCCAACCUUUCCCAAGGUCAACGCCAGCUGGUCUCCUUGGCCCGGGCCAUGCUUACCCCGUCCAACAUCUUGGUUCUCGACGAGGCCACGGCGGCGGUCGACGUGCAAACGGACGCCCUGCUCCAGCAGACGCUGCGUAGCCCCCUGUUCGCCAACCGUACCAUUAUCACGGUCGCGCACCGUAUCAACACUAUCCUUGACAGUGACCGCGUCGUGGUGCUCGACAAGGGUGAGGUGGCCGAGUUCGACAACCCCAAAGAGCUGAUCAAGAAGCGUGGGAUCUUUUAUGGACUGGUCAAGGAGGCUGGUCUGCUCCAGGAUGUGGAGUGA